AAUACAUGUGUGUCAACAAAGAUAAUAUACCUAGAAAAUACGCAUCUUCGACAUCGAUUCUAGGCAUCUUAUCAAGAUCCCACACACACAUCCACUCCUUAUAUCUUCACCAUCCUCAAUCCCUUUCCCUUAUUCUUCAAUUCAUUCAUUUUUCUCUCCAACACAAACCUCAAACCAAAACAAAAACAAAAAACAAUGAACGUCUUGUUAGAUUCCAACGUUGAGGCUUUAGCUUUCAACUACUUGAACUUCGGUUUAGUCACAGUUCUCAACAAUUUAUGGACCUGUCUAGCUCUCCUAACCGCCGCUCUCAGCUUCUGGAAGAUUCGCUCAUCGGGUUGUUCUAAAUUACAAGAGCCGGUUUCGGUUAAAACCGACCCGGAAGUUGAAGCGUUGAUGUCGGAAGCUGAGAAACCGAGGAAAACAUUAAACGAGAUUUGGAAUGAUGAUGAUGAUGUUGAUGGUGUGAGGAAGGGGAAGUAUACGGUGUAUUACGAGGAAGAUAUGCAAUGCGGUGGUGGAGAGAGUGGUGGUGGUUGUGGCUACGGGCUGAUGCCGGUUGCGGGAGGGUGGGGACCGGAGGAUGAGACGGAGUGGUGGAAACGAUGGGAGAAGGUGUUGAGGUUGAGAAACGGAGAGAAUGAGAAUGGGUGGUACACGUGUCAAGAUUUGAUUGGGUUUAAUGGAAACGUGGUUAAAAGAUGGGACGGUGGUUUAACGUUUGUUGGUAGUUGCAUCACAGAGGAAUCAUCAUGGUAUAGGUCCAGCUAAAGUAGAAAUAACUUUAUUUUUAUUUUUAUAUUAGGUGUAGUUGGUUACUUAGGUUAUGUCGUCUUUGUUUCUGUUGGAUUAAUAAUAGUCUUUCCGUAAUGAUUUGAGAGAGAUUAUUUAGAUUUGUCAUUUGAGAAUGUGUAUAUGUGGUAGUGCGAUUUAUCAUUUUUGUUCUUGAUUACAAAAUAAUUCAGAAAAAAAAAACACUUUUUUCUUAUA